AUGGAAGGUGUGAAGCUAAUUGCCACAACUCAAAGCCUGUUCUGCACAAGGAUUGAGUGGGCUCUAAAGCUCAAGGGUGUGGAAUAUGAGUACAUAGAAGAAGACUUGAGAAACAAGAGUCCCAUCCUUCUCAAGUACAACCCUGUCCACAAGAAGGUGCCUGUGCUUGUCCACGACGACAGAGCCAUCGCCGAGUCGCUUGUGAUCCUUGAGUACAUUGAUGAGACAUGGAAGGAGCACCCCUUGCUACCUCAAGACUCAUAUGACAGAGCCAUAGCUCGCUUUUGGGCUAAAUUUGCUGAUGAGAAGGUUGUGUUUGGAGCAUGGAGAGCUUGCACGGCAGCGGAAGGCGAAGAGAAGGAGACGGCAAUAGAGUCUGCACUAGAAUCACUAGCAUAUCUUGAGAAGCAGAUUGAAGGGAAGAAGUUUUUUGGUGGAGAAGAAAUAGGGUAUCUAGAUUUAGCAUUGGGAUGGAUACCUCACUGGCUGAAUACUAUGGAAGAAGCUGGAGGCAUAAAGCUACUUGAAGCAGAGAGGUUCCCAUCUCUGCAUGAAUGGGGUCACAACUUCAUCCAAAUUCCACUCAUCAAAGAAUGCCUUCCACCCAGAGAAAAGCUUGUCAACUAUUUGAACGCUAGCCUCACUUACUUGCGUUCAUUAUCAGCCAACAAACCCUGA